AUGGCAGCGACCCUAGCUCACCAACCGGCCCCCAAACCCAAGAGCCUCCUCGGCCACCAACGCAUCCUCGCUCCCACGGCAGGUGUGCGGGUAUCCCCGUUAUGUCUCGGGGCCAUGAACUUCGGCGAGGCCUGGUCGGGCUUCCUGGGCGAGUGCAACAAGGAAACCUCGUUCGGCAUGCUCGACCACUUUUUCGAGAACGGGGGCAAUUUCAUCGACACGGCCAACAACUACCAAGGCGAGGAGACCGAGAAGUGGCUCGGGGAGUGGAUGGAGUCGCGGCGGAACCGCGACCAGAUCGUCCUCGCGACCAAAUUCACGUCCCCUUAUCCGUCCGAGCCCGUGACGAUAAAAUCGAACUACCUAGGUAACUCCUCCAAGAGCCUGCGCGUCUCCCUUGAGGCUAGCUUGAAGAAGCUUCGGACGAGUUACAUCGACUUACUGUACAUUCACUGGUGGGAUUUUACCACUUCGAUCCCCGAGAUCAUGAAAGCGCUGCAUCACGUCGUGGCUUCCGGGAAAGUGCUCUACCUGGGGAUCAGCGACACACCCGCUUGGAUCGUCAGCAAAGCGAACGAGUAUGCCCGCCAGCAAGGUCUUACCCAGUUCAGCGUCUACCAGGGCCUAUGGAACGCUGCAGUGCGCGACUUUGAGCGCGACAUCAUCCCCAUGUGCGAGUCCGAAGGGAUGGCUUUGGCUCCAUGGGGCGCACUCGGCCGAGGCGCGUUCAUGAGCCCGGAAGAUUACGAGAAGAAGGAGGAAGGUCGCAAGGUUGGCCAAUCCGAAAAUGGGAAGAAAGUCUCCGCAGCUCUCGACAAACUCGCAAAGGAAAAGGGAACCCUGAUCACCAGCAUCGCAUUGGCGUACGUGAGGCACAAGUCGCCGUAUGUCUUCCCGAUCGUCGGUGGGCGCAAGAUAGAGCAUCUGAAGAGCAACAUCGAGGCGUUGGGUAUCGAACUGAGCGAUGAAGAGAUCGAUGAGAUUGACGGCGCUGCGCCCUUUGACCACGGAUUCCCACUCAAUUUCGUUUUCGAGUAUGGAGGUGGCCCCAAGUACAAUUCCAGGAUGGGUCCGGGCGAUAUUUUCUUCGUGAAGUCUUCGGGCGGUUUGGACACUGUGCCGAGGAGCAAGGCUCCGAAGCCUCACAAGGACUGA